AUGUCUAUUAGAGAAGUUUGGGAACAAUACAAAAAGCAACGUGACGGUGAUCAUUUCACUGACAACGCUUCAUUCGUCUUCGUACCAACAGCUGCUGGUGCAAGAGGGUACGAUGCUGUUAGACAGUUCCUUUCUACCGCAUAUGACUCUCGUAUGCUUAGAGUUGUAGAAAGAGUCCUUAUCCAAACCAUCGGAGAAAACUCCAUUGUUGAAGAAUCGGAAACUACAAUCAAUUUUAUUAACGGUGAUGGUGUUUGGCUUGUGCCAGGUAUUGAUGGUCGUUACACGAUUGACAGUCAAGUUGUAAUUCCUACGGUGACUUCUGCGAUAUUAGAGGGCGAUAGGAUCUCUUCUAUACGUGUAUAUUGGGAUCAAGCAUCUGUCUUGAAACAACUUAAAUUGAUUUCCGAUAAGAAUUCUUCUUGGCCAAUAGUUAGCGAUAGACAAGUAGAUGUGGUACGCGAUAUUACAAGCGCCCAUCUCAAUCCAUUUGGUAGAGCUGAUCGUUUGGCAGCCGGUGUAGCUCGAAUGAAUGUUAACCAACCAGAGAUAUCUUCUCGUCGACAUGUUCAUAUUACUAGUCGCGUUAAUCAACCUGGCGGUACGGGUGGCAAAUCUUCCGUAUUUGGUGAUAAUGAUUCUUACGAAGAAAAUAAUCAACGCAACAGAUACAAUUCCAAUAAAAAUGCGUCUCAUUUCUCUUUUGGAGAUGAAGAGCAGAACCAUGUACAAAAAGACGCUCAAAUAACUGGAUCAGAACAACAACAGACUGGUCGUCGAAAUGUCCAUACUUCUAGUCGCGUUAAUCAGCCUGGCGGUACGGGUGGUAAAUCUUCCGUAUUUGGUGAUAGUGAUACAUAUGAUGAAAAUUCCCAACGUAGAAGGUUCAAUUCCGAAAAAAAUGCAUCCCAUUUUUCUAUCGGAGAUGAUAAUCACGAGGCACAACAAGACACUUCUAUAUCUGGAUCUUCCAAGAGACGAGGAAAAUCUCAAUUCGAGUCAUCUGUUGGAUUUGGUGAUGAACAACAACAACGUCCUUCCGUCAAGCCUUCAAGUCGUAUCUUGAAACCUCCUGGUGGUGGUGGUUCUCAAAUUACCUUUGGAUAA